CAUCUUAUCCAGCUCAUGAAUGGAUGAUUUACUUAAAAAGCUAUUCAUUUCAAUUGUCAGCAUUAUUGUCAUUAUCGUUGAAAACCUUUUUUAUGCUAUCCGGAUUUCUUCUUACACUAAAAUGUAUUGAACACAAUUAUUUCUUCACUUGGAAAGAAUAUUCAAUUUAUAUAUUUAGACGAGCAUGUCGUUUUUGGCCAGGUAUUUUAAUGAUUACCAUUGUUAUGCUAUUACUGGGUGAACCAAAAGGUAAUUGGAUGAGUCUUUGGUUAUUUUAUCAAAAUUACGUUGAUGUAGAACAGUGGUCAGCCGGCUUCGGUGCUCUGUGGAGUAUCAGUCUUGAUAUGCAAAUGCAUAUACUUCUACCCGUUGUUUUGUACAUGAAUGUUAGUCGCACGUCAAAUUAUCAAAGAACUUAUUUAGGAUUAUAUAUACUCAUUAUUUUGUCAAUUGUAUAUUUACUGUCUGUUUUCAAUCCACAAACAAUGGAUUUGCCGACGAUUAUGUAUUGUUAUAAUUCAAUGGCAUUAUUGAUGCCGCAACGAAUUUUUUAUUGGAUUAUAACUGAGUAUAAUAUUACAUUGGCAUUCGAACGACCAACUGUACCAAGUCCAAUAACAUCAUUCAUGAAAAAGAUGUAUCUACCUGUCAUAAGUCGAUAUUCAAGUUUUAUCAUCGGAUCAGCCUAA